AUUAGAAGUUGGUAAACGCUGUCGACACACGCUCUCUUUAUAAAAAAAAAAAAAAAAGAAUUGUGGGGACGAUUACGUAAUACGUCACUUCCGUAGAACUGGACGCACAUGUCGAACAGGCUGUUUACACUUUCGGGAAGGUUUUAACAUCGUAAACUUAUGAGACGAUAUACAUAACUCAUCGAAUCCCAGUCUACGGCAAUGCCAAAAGUAAAGAAGUCAAAGGGGGCGGGUGGCGAGAAGAGCGGGGUCGCAGUGGCGCUGGCUGACCAGAUUCUUCAGGCGGACACGGUGCGGUCGAAAGGCCGGGUGAAGAUUAGAGACACACGGGCUGAGAACGACGACUCGUACGUGGACGAGCGGCUGUCGCGGAAGAUCUUACAGCAAGCAAGAAUCCAGCAAGAGGAACUUCAGACGGAAUAUGGCCUGGCGCCGGAGAAGAAGAAGAAACCUGUCACCGUUCUUGGCCCACAGGACACACAGGACGCAGAUUCAGACGAAGAGUGGCCUGCACUGGGAGCAGGACCAUCAGACACUGAUGUUGGGUGUGACACAGAGAUUGUCGUUGAUCCCGAUGAUGAAAAGGCCAUUGAAAUGUUCAUGAAUAAGAACCCACCCAUGAGACGCACCUUAGCGGACAUUAUUAUGGAGAAGAUAACAGAGAAACAGACUGAGGUUGGAACAGUCAUGUCUGAAGUCUCUGGUCUUCCUGCUGCACAGCUCGACCCAAGGGUUGUAGAGGUCUAUAGAGGUGUCAAUAAGGUUCUGUCCAAAUAUCGCAGUGGCAAGUUGCCCAAAGCCUUUAAAAUCAUCCCAGCAUUAUCAAACUGGGAGCAGGUCCUUUAUUUGACUGAACCUGAGAGUUGGACUGCUGCUGCGAUGUACCAAGCCACAAGAAUCUUCUCAUCAAAUUUGAAAGAGCGGAUGGCCCAACGAUUCUACAACCUGGUGCUCCUUCCGAGAGUGCGAGAUGAUAUUGCAGAGUACAAACGACUUAACUAUCAUCUUUACAGUGCCCUCAAGAAAGCUUUGUUCAAACCAGGGGCGUGGUUCAAAGGUAUUUUAAUCCCCCUGUGUGAAUCGGGGACCUGCACCCUGAGAGAGGCCAUCAUUAUCGGAAGCAUUCUCACGAAGUGCUCGAUCCCCGUUCUCCACUCCAGUGCUACGAUGCUUAAGUUGGCAGAGAUGGAGUACAACGGCGCCAACAGCAUUUUCCUACGCCUCCUACUGGACAAGAAGUACGCCCUGCCUUUCCGUGUCCUAGAUGCCUUGGUGGCUCACUUCCUCUCUUUCCGCAAUGAGAAACGUGAGCUUCCUGUCCUGUGGCAUCAGAGCUUACUCACCAUGGCUCAACGCUACAAAGCUGACCUGGCGUCUGAGCAGAAGAACGCCCUCCUGGAGCUGCUCAGGAUUCAAACGCACCCUCAGAUCUCAGCAGAGAUUCGCAGAGAACUGCAAAAUUCGGAGUCCAGAGAUAUUGAAAUUGGCCUUCCUGUUACUGUCGAAAUGGACUGAUACUUUGAUCCCUGUUCAAAAACUAAUUUGGAGGGUUGGAUGUGAGUCAAACAAAUCAGUUUUGAAUAAAACUCUUGUU